AUGGCGACCGCAACCCUUAUUAGCCCGAGCUCGACCCAUUACGGUCACCCUUCGUCCUUCUCUUCUUCUGGCUACCAGCACGCAGCCCCAGGGCCCAGCAUCGCAGGCAUGAUUUCGCCCAUUGAACCUCGACGGCCGUCGGACGAGUCGGAGACUCCUCACCGGCAAUCCCUUCCUUCGCUCUCCGAGGUCAUCUCGGGUGCGAAGCCCAGCUCUUACCCGCCUUCCCAGGCGUCCAACGUGUCGGGCCCGCAAAGCUUCCCCUCGCCCUUCGCACCUGGCCCGCCGAGGUCCUACGCCGAGUCGUCAACCGAAAAGAACUCGCCUCGGCCUUCCCACCAUGCGUCGACGUACCCGCCCAGGCAAGAAGCUCUCCCGGCCAUGUCGGACCCUCCCAGGCCUCCCCCCUUCGCCGGCCGGCCUCCCGCGCCCUUGAGCAGCUUCUCUGCGGCCCAACCCAACCCGCCUCACAAGCCUGAACAUAUGCGCGAGAGCGACCCCAGAGCUGCUGAACCUGCCGGCCCCUACGCGCAACACCCACCUCCGCCUCCGACGUAUUCGCACCCUCACCCUCACUCUCACCCUCAGCCCCAUCCUAGUCAGCUCCCGCCUGGACAGGUUCCUCUGCCGGCAUAUCCCGUCUCGCCCCGUCACGGUGGCCCGCCGCUGCCCUCUGCGUUCGAUGCCCAACGCCCCGCAGCCCACACCGACGAGGCCGAGUACGGUCCUGCACGCCCCCAAUACGACCGGACCCUCAACCGCCACCUCGACGCCUGGGGAUACCAGGACUGUCUCUCUAGAAUCGCUGGAGCAACAAGAACGAUCUACAACUUCGCCGAAGCGUAUGGCAGAAUUGCCGCAGAACAGCACGGGGGUCAUCCGCUACCUGACCGGCUCCCCACGGAGCGAGAAGUGAAUGAGAUGUUGGAUAAUGUGGACUACAUCAGAAACUCGCUCGACUCGGUUCGGCAACUCGUGAAGGAGAGCAACGAACGCGUACGGGCGGCUGGAAAGCAAAAGGGCUACGAUGACGAAGACACACCGAUGUAUGACGGCAUGAACAAGACGUACGGCAUCACGGAGGUCAAGAAGCGACGAGGGAGGGCCGCGCCUCCCGGAAGGUGUCAUAGUUGCAACCGAAUCGACACGCCUGAAUGGCGACGUGGGCCCGACGGUGCUCGGACUCUUUGCAACGCUUGUGGACUGCAUUACGCCAAGUUGGAGCGGAAGCGUCAGCUCGAAGCACGACAAAUCCGCCCCAAGCCCUCUGACGAGAGGAGCUAG